UCACCAGGCACGAGGACCUUGACACCAGCUUCUGCCGGCACCGUCCACGUCCACGCCAUGCCGAGUCGCGCCGCCUCCGUGUCCAAGCAGGCGCAGACCCUGGGCAGGACGGCCACCAUCCGCAGCGUCCCCAGCUUCGAGGGCUCCGAGACGGGCCCCGAGAGCACCCACGCCGCCAGCGGCCUCUCCAGCAGCGUCACCAGCAAGGCCAGCAACUUGUCCACCGUCGACGAGGCCGAGACGGCCAAGCCCAGCCCCGACAGCACGGCCAACGAGCCGGUCGAGCAGUCCAACAACGACGGCAGCAGCAGCAGCGCGAACGGCGUCACCAGCAAUGGCAACAAUGCCGCCGCCGCCGCCGCCGUCGACGCCGAGCCUGCGGUUGCGGUCGCGGACCCGGCGUCAGCGGUGGUGCCCCUGGAUGACAAUGGCGACGAGCACGGCGACGGCGCGCAGUGGGAUUCGACCAUUGGCAAGGCCGGCCUGGGCAAGACGGGGCGGGUCAUCAACAAGCUCGUCAGCGACAACGAGGCCCUGAAGCGCGAGAUCAAGAUUGAGAAGCUGCGGGCGGAGGAGGCCAAGCAGGCGGCCAAGCUGGUCGAGGACAAGAUGGAGCGCAUGAUCAACGACUACGAGAGCCGGCUGCUCGAGGCCAACGUCACCAAGACGCUGCUUGCCAGGAAGGAACGGCAGGUCGAGACGCUGCUGGCGACGGUCGACACGGAGAAGAAGAAGACGGUGGCGGCGCAGGAGCUGGAGCGCAACUGGCGCGACGAGAUGGAGAAGGUCAAGCGCGACGCCAAGACGCAGGUCGACGACGCGACGAGCUACGCCCAGCUCAUGGAGGGCCGCUACAACGCCAUCUCGUCGCACUGGCGCGACCAGGGCGACGAGGUCAACAAGGCCAUCAGCACUAUCAAGACGGAGAUCAACACCAUCGUUGACGAGCGCAAGUCGGACGACGAUAAGAUCCAGACGCUGCGGGACUUGUGCGAGCAGCAGGACAGCAACAUCCAGAAGCUGAGGCGCGAGAAGGAGGAGAUUGCGCGCCUCUUUGAGGAGUACAAGAAGACCCAGGAGGACAACCUCCGGGACAUUAAGGAGAACGCCAGGAAGACGGAGGAGGAGCAGCAGAGGAUACUGGAAGAGUCCAGGGAGACGCUCAACAAGCUGAGAUGGGCCCUCAAGGUCAAGGAGAAUGUCAAGGGGGCUGAAUGAAAAGCUGCCAAACUACCUUACCCCCCCUCAAAAGCGACUACUACAUGUUGCCUACCUACCUACCUCUCCGCCAUCCCAUCUUUCAGCCUCUUCGCCAUUUCUCUUCUCCGUCACGGCCAAACAAACUUCCGUCUGGGUUCUUCGUUGUCCUUUGGCGUUGAUCUUGCUGUUUUUUCCGCGUCGGUCUUAUUUGGUGCAUUCUUACGGGGACUCUAUGCUCAUCAUGGCUUUUCUUGGUU